GUUUGUACCACCUGCACCUAGUCUUAUCUCAGUCAAAAUAGCUUGUAGCAGAGCUCAACACAACCGAAACAGAAGUAGGUGGCAAAACAACCCGAAGUUCAUGACAGGAGCUACUUCCCUAGACAUGCGUAGCAGCGACACCAUAUGGAACUGCAGAACACGCACGCAUCGACAGGUGUGCUUGCAAAUGCACACUGCGGCUUCUCGCUUGGCGUCAGUGACCCUUCGGCUUGGGAAACGCGAAUUCGUGGGAUUAGCCACUGUGGAAAUAACUCAACUUAUCCUGACCUCGUUUCCUCGAUAAUCAGAGUCGGACAAUGGAUUUAGGGCUGGAAAACAUUCAUGUCCUUGUAACAGGCGCAAGCGGAGGCAUUGGUCUUGAGACCGUCAAACUCUACUUGUCCCUCGGCGCAAAUGUGACUGCACAUUACAACUCUAAUUCCAAACCCAUCCAGAAUCUCCAAGUCAAAUUCCCUGCACUCCAAUGCGCACAGGCAGACCUCUCCUCUGAGUCUGCCGUGAAGAGUAUGUUCGAUGCGCUCUCAGGGACCCCGUUCGGCCCUGUGGCAGUAAUCGUGGUCAACCACGGCAUAUGGUCGCCCCAGGACGUACCUAUCGUUGAUAUGACCAUUGAGCAAUGGGACCACACCGUCAGUGCAAACCUCACCUCAAGCUUCCUGGUCUGCCGUGAGUUCUUGCGCCACUUGCGUGCAGCAACAGAAAGCGUGAAAGAUAGGGCUGCGAUUGUGCUCAUCGGGAGCACAUCAGGCAAAUACGGCGAAGCGAAUCACGGCGAUUAUGCUAUCAGUAAGAGUGGUGAGUUUUAUGUUUGUCGUGAAUCGGUCAUGUGCUGAGCGCGGAUAUGGGCAGCGAUGAUGUAUGGCUUGACGACGACACUCAAAAGUGAGAUCGUGAAGAUCGCACCGAGGGGACGUGUGAAUUGUAUUGCACCUGGAUGGGUUUCGACGCCGAUGGUACAAGAGGCCUUAGUGGCUUAUCUUCUUUAUCAGCACUCCGUUGAAAAAAACUUGGGACACCUCUGGACGUUGCAAACCAAAUAGUGGUAGUGUCUUCAUCUGUGAUCUCGGGACAUGUGACAGGGCAAGUGAUCUUUGUAGAAGGCGGUUGUGUAGGGGACAUUUGAACAGUGACUGAAUGAGUCAAACACAGGAUCGUGGCUCGCGUCAGUAUAUCAUGAAAGUACAUAUUUGGGCAGCAGACACGUGAAGUAUAUGUUGUGAGCUCUGCA